AUGUCCUACAUCCAAAAACGCGGGGUGAAUUCCACCAUCCGCAAAAUGACAGCUAGACAACAAGCCUCUGACGUAUUCUCCUAUGGAUACAUAAUCACCUGCAAGGCAAACGGAAAAGAAACACAAAAGCUGGUGGAGAAGUUAAUCACUCUUUCCAAGAAGGGAACUCUUGCAGACAAGAGAAGAAUCGCUUCUGCAAUAAUAAGAACCAAGAAAUAUGAGAAAGAUGAACUUCUUAAAAAAAUCUAUGUGGACAUAGCACAAAGAUACAGAAGCAGAAAAGGAGGAUGCACCCGACUUGUUAAGACCCAAGACAAAGACCGAGUACUACUGGCCCUAGUCUAG